AUGUCAGACACGGAAACGAAGCCAGACCCAGACACCCAUCUGAACAUCAAGGUUUCGGAUGGAAACUCGGAGAUCUUCUUCAAGAUCAAGAAGACCACGCCGCUCAAAAGACUGAUGGAUGCUUUCUGCAAGAGACAGGGAAAACCCCCAGGAUCGCUGAGAUUCCUAUAUGAUGGUGUUCGUGUUGAAGACACCAACACUCCUGAAGACCUCGACAUGGAGGAGGGAGAUUCGAUUGAGGCGCACCGUGAGCAGACCGGAGGAUGUUGA